GCGCUCUCAAAACCCCAUUAGCUUAGUUCUUGGACCACUCCGACUUUCAAUUGACCUCGAGGUGGCCCGGUACCUUGGCAUCCCGUACAGAUCUCACCGUAACAUACGUUGAGACUGCGGAUGCGUCACUUCGCGGCAAAACUACCAUAUGGAUUUGAUGAAACCUUUCUCUCGGCAGCGUAGCUCGCGCUCUCACUACGUUCGGAGUCGGUGGUUCCCAACCACGCGGCCCGAUUUUAUGCGUAUAUAUAUCGCGAUGGUCUCUGGGUUUGAGUGCAGGCAAUUGGGUCGAGCGCGAAAGCGAUCGCAUUUACCGAAGAACAGUAUUCUCCAGGUUCACUUUUAUCUGUACCUUCUUACACCAAGUUCGCCAUGGAGGUCGCAUCUGUAGAGAUCAAGGCCAGCGCGGAAGUGCAAGCAUCGACCGCAGUGGCAAUAUCGAACGACGAUAUUCUCAAUGCUCUCAAAGCGGUCGUCCAGUUCGGCCUCUCGCAGAUCCCCUACGUCGGCAAGCUUAUCUCCGCGCUAGUAGGGGUCCUCUGGCCAUCCAGUGGUCCUUCAGUGUGGGAUCAAGUUAGGGAAGAGGUCGAAAAGCUCAUAGACCAGAAGAUCACCGAUGCGAUCUUCAGCCUGUUGAAAGCGCAGCUCAAUGGGCUCGGCGACGCGCUGAAGCUCUACAUUAACGCGGUCAAGUCUGGAGGCUCAGCCCUCAUACGCACCCAGUUCGUCGCGACCAAUACAGUCUUCGUCGCAGCGCGCUCCAGCUUCCAGAACCCCGAUUAUCAAUGGGUCCUCUCCCCGCUUUUCGCGAUCUUCACCCAGCUGCACAUGACACUCCUUCGCGACUGCGUGCUCAACGGCGAGGACUGGGGUUGGACGUCUGCCGAGUACCAGACGAUUGUCGAUCAGGCGUCCCAGGCGACGAAGGAUUACAUUGCCUAUCUCGACAAAGUCGUCGCCGAUAAGGAAGCCGAUCUGAAGAAAGGAGCACCUAGCAGCCCGGGGAAGCACAAGACGGACAUAUGGCAAUAUUGGCAGGCGUUUAACCAGCAGAAAAUCGUCCUGAUCGACGAUUAUCGCUUGCUCCUCGUCUAUCUCGACCCCGUCACGCAUCCGAAACCAACGUCUAACAUCCCGUUCAAGGACGUCUACAGCCGGGCCUACGGAACGGCCGAUGACUGGGAUGCGACUGCGAGCGGCUGGGCCAGUUCAGUGACGACGCCAUGGGGCAAACCUCUUGCAAAUAUCUCCAACAUCAAGAUCGAGCUAUUCAACUACACCCCUCGCGUUGUCGACGUCAACUAUCCAAAGGGUGAGGGUCCCGCACUCUGGGGCUCCGAGACGGAUCGCAAGGAUACUACUGGCAUCAUCGCUAACUACCAGGGUGGAGUUGAGAAGUACACCGUCGAAAUUCCUCGUCCUUCGUCAGACAAGACGUACAACAUACAGAAGGCGUCAGUGAAACAGGGUAGCAUUCCGCUGAACGUCACGCUCACGUUGGACGACGGCACCGAGAAGAACCUGUGGAACCGCACGGAUCUUGGUGGACAGACAUACGUAGUAGAAGUUCCUGGGCGCAUGCUCACGACGUUCAACAUGUGGACGCGCAGCUGGUAUUACAACAACGAUCUUGGCUGUAUCAUUUUCGGGUUCAGCCGCGACCCGAAGGCCGUGCCGCCGCAAGCCUACGAUGCGUUCUACGUGGGCGCGAUCGGCGAGCCGGAGAUUCCAGCGACCUACUCCGUUUCUUCGCAAGUCGUCGAACGGCGUCUGGCGUUCUGGAGCGAGGUCGACGCCUUGAAGCCGUAAGAAAGGCGACCCUAUCCAUGUAGCGAAUGAAGCGAUUGCGAUACGUACAAUUGACCGCACCGAGG